AAUAGUUUUUACAUUUUAGAAUGGGGUGCCUCAAGACUGUCCAUAAUUUUAGAGGGUGCCUCGGGACUGUCCAUAAUUUUAGAGGGGCCUCGGGACUGUCCAUAAUUUUAGAGGGGCCCCGGGACUGUCCAUAAUUUUAGAGGGGGCCUCGGGACUGUCCAUAAUUUUAGAGGGGCCUCGGGACUGUCCAUAAUUUUAGAGGGUGCCUCUGGGCUGUCCAUAAUUUUAGAGGGUGCCUCUGGGCUGUCCAUAAUUUUAGAGGGUGCCUCUGGGCUGUCCAU